UCGAGAGACAACAAGGAAGGCUGCCCAGCGCAUCGCCACGCUGCUCCCGGGUCCCACGCCUUGGGCCUCCUCCUUUUGGAACACACAGAUGUCAGAAACUGAGCCGGAAAAGGUAAAAGUAAGAACAGCUGAGCACUUUGAAAAUGAUAAAAAUAACAUUUCUUGGUUGAAAGAAGAUACGCAACUUACAAAUGAAAAACAUGUUGAAGAGAAACCCAUUAAUGCUAUCGUUAUAAAUUCAGUAUCUGAAUUCAAUAUCACAGAUGGACCAGCCCAGGAAACUCUCAAUGAGAAAAAACUGUCAGAAUCCAGCAAAUCACUGUCCUCCCUUGAAGAAUGCCAAACGAAAUUUUCUUACCUUCAAACCGAUACUUCAGUUCAUCAGAGAGACACUGAUGAGGAGUGUGCCUCUCUUAUCCUCACCUGUCUGUUUUGCCAGUUUUGGGAUUGUCUCCUGAUGCUCCCUGAUACGUGCGAAACGGUGUGUACCAACUUGUGCUGCCCCUCUCACAGGUAUCAACACACCUCGGAUGAAAGCCAGUCUCGGAAUGAUUGCAAUUGCAACUGUGACAUGGACUGCAGCCUUUUUGAAUCUUGCCAUGAGACCGGCGAGUGUCUGGAGCUGGCCAUGGAGAUUUCAGAAAUCUGUUACCGCUGA